AUGAAGUCAUACACGCUUGUCUUGGCCCUCUUGCAGUUUCUGGGAUGCUCAGGCGUCCCACUGCACAGCCCUGAGCUAGAAGCUAUGGCAGACAAGGGUCUUGUGGCUGCUCUGGCAGAGGUCAACUCUGUGUACGCUGUCAAUCAUCUUUAUCGGGUGACUCGAGGCUCCGUGACAAGGGUUAUUCCCAUGGGCCUGAACACCGUUGACCUCAUGAUGGUAUUUGGCAUUAAAGAGACGGAGUGUCUGAAGACCUCCAGAAACGACCCGCAGACAUGUGCCUUCAGACCUGGCCUCUUUGUGCCUUCCUUCUCCUGCUCCAGUCGGGUUCGGAUGUUCCCCAGCUCAACCCAGGUGGUCUCUGUCAGAUGCGGCAGCGGUACCAGCAGCUCCAGUGAGGAGUCCAGUGAGGAGCUGUACCGAAGAGGGAGACACCAUUUCGAUAUCCCUUCUGUAAGCAGAGUCCCGGCUCCCCCUGCACCUCCGCAGCCCACCCAGUCUGAUCGCUCAGUCCUUGGCCAGCCAGCGGACAUUCGGCCCAGAGGAGACGCUCUGAAUAAUUACCUGGAGUAA